AUGUCAUGGAAAUCCGCCGAAGCGCACUCGACAAUAAUAAUUCAUAUCAAGGGCUGUCCAGAGAAGGUCGUCGAACAUUCCACACGUCAGUCCAAUACACUAGACUCACGACAUGGUAAACGUCUGACAGCUUUGGAUUCUGUAGAUAUAAAAGAGGGCGACGACGGUGAAAAGGAAGGUGCUUGUGCGGUUGAUCCUCCAAUGAAUAUGAUAUCGGAGAUGCCGGACACUGGCUUUCUCCCCGUCCAGUCGGACGUGGCGUCUGUAGGUAAACCACCUAAAAGCGCCUACAGCGUCAUGCAAACGAAAAGAAUUCCUUAG